GCGCUGACGUCUGUUUCUCGAUUAUAAUUUAAGAAGACGUAGUUCGAUCUACUUGUGAGUUGUAAAUGGUGGACGGCCUGUCAUCGUCGUUGCGUUAACAUCAGCUAAAAAUGUAUAAGGCAAGGACAGUAUUCAGUACAUUGGCCCCUCUGGCUCCACGAAUGUGUGGGCCAGAGAGGUUUGCUUCAUGGCUGGUACGUAGCCAUCCCCUGACAAGGACCACACAGGUGAUGGUUAGUGAAGCACAGAGGAAGUACAGCAGCAGGGUGGCCACAGAACCUUUCCUCAAUGGCAGCACUAGUUCUUAUGUAGAAGAAAUGUACAAUGCUUGGCUACAAGACCCUCAUAGCGUACAUGUGUCCUGGGAUUCAUUCUUCCGCAGUUCCACUGCGGGAGCUGCACCAGGACAAGCAUACCAAGCCCCACCAUCCCUUGCCCCAAGUCAUAACCAAGUUCCAUUAGGGGCACUAUUACCUCUUGGUGGUGGCUCGCAGUUGAGUCAAAUGCCAAUUAAUGAAAAAGUAAUUGACGACCAUCUGGCUGUCCAAGCUAUUAUUCGCUCUUACCAGAUCCGUGGCCACCAUAUCGCUAAGUUGGAUCCGCUUGGCAUCAACAGCGCUGAUCUUGAUGAUAGACAUCCACAAGAGUUGCUCUAUAAUCAUUAUUCAUUCGGAAACAGAGCACGUACUACUUACUCACAGGAACUACAAUACAGAGUAGCUGCACUUAUGAAAAAGGAGUCGGAUAUGGAUCGUGUUUUCAAGUUGCCGUCCACCACUUUCAUCGGCGGCAAAGAAAAAUCGUUGCCGCUUCGCGAAAUUUUACAGCGAUUGGAAUCCACUUAUUGCGGCCACAUUGGCGUGGAAUUCAUGUUCAUCAACUCCUUGGAACAGUGCAAUUGGAUUCGACAAAAAAUGGAAACGCCCGGUAUCAUGGAAAUGACGAAUGACGAGAGAAGGCUUAUCCUAGCCAGAUUGACUCGUGCAACUGGAUUCGAAGCUUUCCUCGCCCGUAAAUGGUCAUCCGAGAAGAGAUUCGGUUUGGAGGGAUGCGAAAUUUUGAUCCCGGCUAUGAAGCAAGUAAUAGAUAAAUCCACCGAAUUAGGUGUCGAAUCGAUUGUCAUGGGCAUGCCUCACCGAGGCCGUUUGAACGUCCUCGCCAAUGUUUGUCGCAAACCUUUAAGCCAAAUAUUCACUCAAUUCGCAGCUCUCGAAGCAGCCGAUGACGGUUCUGGCGAUGUUAAAUAUCACUUGGGUACAUACAUCGAGCGUUUGAAUCGAGUAACCAAUAAGAACAUCCGGUUGGCUGUUGUGGCUAAUCCGUCGCAUUUGGAAGCCGUUGACCCGGUGGUGCAAGGCAAAACUCGUGCAGAACAAUUCUAUCGCGGCGAUGGCGAAGGCAAGAAGGUCAUGUCUAUUCUUCUGCACGGUGAUGCCGCAUUUUGCGGACAGGGUAUCGUUUUUGAAACGAUGCACUUGUCCGACUUACCGGAUUACACAACUCACGGCACUAUUCAUAUUGUGGCGAAUAACCAGAUUGGAUUCACAACAGAUCCGAGACAUUCGCGAUCAUCGCCGUAUUGUACUGAUGUUGCCAGGGUAGUGAAUGCACCCAUUUUCCACGUUAAUUCGGAUGAUCCUGAAGCAGUGAUGCACGUUUGCAAAGUAGCUGCUGAAUGGAGAGCAACUUUCCAUAAGGACGUUGUUAUCGAUAUCGUAUCCUACAGGCGAAACGGUCACAAUGAGAUCGAUGAACCAAUGUUCACGCAGCCUUUGAUGUACCGCAAAAUCAAAAAUACUCCACCGGCUCUGGACAAGUACUCUAAAUCUCUCAUCGACGAUGGUGUUGUCACUCUCGAAGAAGUCAAAGAUGUUAAAGAUAAAUAUGAGAAGAUUUGCGAGGAAGCAUAUGUUAACGCCAGACAAGAAACUCAUAUUAAAUACAAGGACUGGCUGGAUUCUCCGUGGUCCGGCUUCUUUGAGGGAAAAGACCCCUUGAAAGUAUCUCCCACUGGCAUCAAGGAAGAUACACUCGUUCACAUUGGAAAGAAGUUCUCGUCGCCACCUCCUAACGCAGCCGAGUUUGUGGUUCAUAAGGGUAUCGAACGUAUUUUGAAGUCUCGUAUGGAAAUGGUAGAAGCUCGAACAGUUGAUUGGGCUCUUGGAGAAGCUAUGGCUUUCGGUUCCUUAUUGAAAGAAGGCAUCCACGUUAGAUUGUCUGGUCAAGAUGUAGAGAGAGGAACCUUCUCACACAGACAUCACGUGCUUCACCAUCAGACCGUUGAUAAGGCUACCUACAGGCCAUUGUGCUACCUUUACCCUGAUCAAGCUCCGUACACCGUAUGCAACAGUUCUCUAUCGGAAUUUGGUGUACUUGGAUUUGAAUUGGGUUACUCUAUGACAAAUCCUAAUGCAUUGGUAUGCUGGGAAGCGCAAUUCGGUGAUUUCAACAAUACGGCACAGUGUAUCAUUGACCAGUUUAUUAGCAGCGGUCAAGCUAAAUGGGUGCGCCAAUCUGGUCUCGUUAUGCUGCAACCGCAUGGUCUCGAAGGGAUGGGACCUGAACAUUCAAGUGCUCGUUUGGAACGUUUCUUGCAAAUGUCCGCCGAUGACCCAGAUUAUUUCCCUCCCGAGAGCGAAGAAUUUGCUGUACGCCAGUUGCACGACAUCAACUGGAUCGUCGCUAAUUGCAGCACGCCGGCUAAUUAUUUCCACAUCUUGAGGAGACAGAUUGCAUUGCCGUUCAGGAAACCUUUGAUUCUGAUGACACCGAAGUCGCUUCUCCGUCACCCGGAAGCGAAGUCCAGCUUCGAUUUGAUGCUUGAAAAUACCGAAUUCCUCAGAGUAAUACCAGAUGAAGGCCCAGCUUCUCAAAGCCCCAACAAUGUUAAAAGAGUGAUCUUCUGUUCUGGCAAAGUUUACUACGACUUGAAGAAAGCCCGUGCGGAGAGACAAUUGGACGAUAAAAUCGCAAUCGCGAGAGUUGAACAGAUCUCUCCCUUCCCGUACGAUUUGGUGAAGAAGGAGUCGGCUAAAUAUCCUAAUGCGGAAUUAGUGUGGGCUCAGGAAGAACACAAGAAUCAAGGCGCGUGGACGUACGUCCAACCGAGGUUCCAUACAGCACUCAAUGGAACUCGCCCCCUGACCAGCGGAAAUACGGAGAGUAAGGGUAGCGGCGGUUGGUUUAGUAGUUGGUUUUCAUCGAGUAAACCAACAACUGCGCCCGAGCCGGAGUCGAUACAGUCUGAUAAACCCCAAAAGAGAACGAUAAGGUAUGCGGGUCGUCCAACGGGAGCAUCACCUGCGACUGGAAGCAAAAUGCAACAUUUGAAGGAACUGAAACAGCUACUCGACGAUUCGUUGAAUCUUUAAUUGUCCUUCGUAGCACUAUGUAGAACACAAACCUUAUUUAUUUCCUCGCAUUAUAUUUGAUCUAUUCCAUUUGUCCUGCUCUACGUACAUCCUUUCGGAGAUGAACAUAAUCUGGUAAUUAGUUUCUCCAUUAUAGAUUCAUCGGCUGCGCGCGAAUAUUUUUCGAUAACGCAAAAUGUGUUUAAUACCACUUAUCAGGUUUUAAACUGUUGACCUAUUUGUUUCGGAAUUUAUCAUGACUCUGUGGUCCGGUCGUGUAAUUCAACGCAUCUCCAGUAAUUAAAUUAUUCGUAAACAGGUAUCCAAAGAUUAUUUCAUACCUGUUCGCAAUGAGUAACACAUGUAAAUACAUGCAUUUCAUUCUUCUUUUAUGUUUGAAUGCGAUCUUGUAUAUUUUUUGCUUUUAAUACGUGAUAUAUAUUAUAUAUUUAUGUUAGUAUGAGAGUUGAAUGCUGAGCCCGGUGUAUGUUUGAAUUAACGAAGACAUUGUAGGAUGUAAAUACGUCAAAAGUAUGAAAAUUAUGUUGGCACGAAACUGUCCCGACAUGCUUUACUCAUUGCUAGGCUCGUGAGAUCCAAGAAACGUAUCGAUCGAAAAUAGUCGCGCGCUGCCGUUUCUAACUUUAUUUUAUUAUCGAUAAACUCUUAACUGUACGAAAUGAAUAAGAUUAAAAAGAAAGUAUUAUUUUUAAUUUAUACAACAUUUUACGCAGAGCGUAAAUGUAUGUCGGUAGGCUAACGACUGCGGAGAUUUGGGUGAAACUUUUUGGGGUUUGGUAAACGAGUAUCUACGGCAAUUUUUUUAUUCCUUUACUUAAUGCCGUAACAAAUGACAGCCAAUACAUUUAAUUUUUUAUCACCGCUCUACUUUUCUUUAUAAAAAAUUAAAUGAUUGGUUGAUCGAUUGAAACUUCAGAAGAGACAGGCUGUAUCGUUAAUCUCGAUCGCGUAAGGCAGCUUGUCGAAAUACAAAUUUGUAUAAACAUAAUUAGAAGGAAGAAAAAAUAAAGUUUACGAGACUGAGAUGUAACGACACUCUUCGAAAAGUUUCAAAAAUUUCUCCCUGUGGAGAGAACGACAGGGGAGUAGAAGACAACUAGACUAGAAAACGUUUAGGAAAAAGAAAUUUCAAUACUACGUUUCCUCGACCAGCGAUACGCUUGGUGUAAGACAAUUUGGUCACUCCAUAAGUUGCGAAGGCUCAGUAUUUAUGUUCUACGUAUGAAUCGUAUCGAAGAUGGAUUUCAUGAAUGGAAUAGUUAUCAUACCGUGGAAAUAAUUGGAGAGCAUUGUAUCGGAUAAAAUUGAUUUAGGACGAUCAUGAAUACCUCCCUUUCUAUAUGUUCUAAGAAGAAAUGCAGAAACGAUAGUACACGAUAUUUUGUGAACUGCUAGAACCUUAUAGAUGCAAUGUGUUCCAAUUUGAAUUGCGGUAUUAUUAUUCUGCUCAUGUCACUUCUUGUUAUUAUAUGCAUAAUAACGACGAUACAGACAUGUAUGCUUUAUUAUAAUAAAGAUUAAUAGAUCAGAGUUGCUCUAACGGAAAUGAAAUCAAAUUCUUUUGGUGUAUAUCGUUAUCGUGGUGAACAUUGUAAAACAUUAUCAUUAAAUUAAAUUAUGUUAGUCGUUAU